AUGUCUGAAGAUGGGGACGAUGACCGUGAUGAUAUUCUGCCACUACCACCACCAUUGAUAAGAGAGUUGGGCCGCCACAGGAUAAAUCAUCCUCUAUGCAUUGUGUUGCCCACAAUUAAUCAAAAUGCUGAAAUCAAGCCCGAUUUCAUUCAAGUGCUACCCAAGUUUGGUGAUCUACCUGGAGAGAGUGCACACAAGCAUCUGGCUGAAUUUGAUUUAGUUUGCACUACGUUACGUCCUCAAGGUUUUACAGAAGAUCAUUUAAGAUUACUAACUUUUCCUCAUAAAUUGCAAGGUGGAACUCGAGAUUGGUUGUUUGAUCUAUCAUCUCGCUCAAUCAGAACUUGGAACGACUUAGAGGAGCAGUUCUUACGUAAAUUCUUUCCAGAAUCAAAGGCUGCAAAUCUAAGAAUUUCUAUUAGUAGCAUCAAGCAGAGGCAGCAAGAGUGUUUGCCUGAUUAUUGGGAGAGAUUUCAACAAUUAUGCCAUAGAUGUCCUAACCACGGAUUUUCUGAUUAUCAGUUGCUCAUUAAUUAUUUUUAUCGUGGUAUGUCUUCUUUUGACAGGAGGAUUGUUGAUGCUGCUUGUGGAGGAAGUUUGACCAACAAGACUGUGGAUGAAGCAAAACAACUGAUUUUUAAUAUGGUCUCCAAUGGUCAACAAUAUGAGGAUGAGGAUGAUGAUAGGUACAGGUCAGUCAACAGAGCAGAAGAUGCAUGUGUGAAUGAGAAACUCGAUGCUCUAACUUCCUUAGUUAGAGGCUUUGUUGGAGCGCAAAUUCAGAAGGAUAAUCAUCCAAAUUUCAGCUGGAGUCAUUCGCCUGAAUUUUUCACCAGCGCACAGCCGCAGGCUGGGCGGUAUGCCCAUACCGACCGCCCAGAACCCAAUAUGAGCGAUAUUCUUCAGAGUCUGGCACAGAGCAGCCACAUUAUUAAUAAUUUGGUACAAAGUCAGCAAGCUUUCCAGCAAGAGACGCACAGAUCACUCAACUCACCACUCAAGUGA